CCCUUCCCCCGCCCGGGCGGCCAUGGCCAUUCCCGGCAUCCCCUAUGAGCGACGGCUUCUCAUCAUGGCGGACCCUAGAGAUAAGGCGCUUCAGGACUACCGCAAGAAACUGCUGGAGCACAAGGAGAUCGACGGCCGUCUCAAGGAGUUAAGGGAACAAUUAAAAGAACUUACCAAGCAGUAUGAAAAGUCUGAAAAUGAUCUGAAGGCCCUACAGAGUGUUGGACAGAUUGUGGGUGAAGUACUUAAGCAACUAACUGAAGAAAAAUUCAUUGUUAAAGCUACAAAUGGACCAAGAUAUGUUGUGGGUUGUCGUCGACAGCUUGAUAAAAGUAAGCUGAAGCCAGGAACAAGAGUUGCUUUGGAUAUGACUACACUAACUAUCAUGAGAUAUUUGCCAAGAGAGGUGGAUCCAUUGGUCUACAACAUGUCUCAUGAGGACCCUGGGAAUGUUUCUUAUUCUGAGAUUGGGGGACUAUCAGAACAGAUUCGGGAAUUAAGAGAGGUGAUAGAAUUACCUCUUACAAACCCAGAAUUAUUCCAGCGUGUAGGAAUAAUACCUCCAAAAGGCUGUUUGUUAUAUGGACCACCAGGCACAGGAAAAACACUCUUGGCACGAGCUGUUGCUAGCCAGCUGGACUGCAAUUUCUUAAAGGUUGUAUCUAGUUCUAUUGUAGACAAGUACAUUGGUGAAAGUGCUCGUUUGAUCAGAGAAAUGUUUAAUUAUGCCAGGGAUCAUCAACCAUGCAUUAUUUUUAUGGAUGAAAUAGAUGCUAUUGGUAUGUUUGCAAUUCGUGCUGAUCAUGAUUUUGUAGUACAGGAAGACUUCAUGAAAGCAGUCAGAAAAGUGGCUGAUUCUAAGAAGCUAGAGUCUAAAUUGGACUACAAACCUGUGUAAUUUUCUGGAAGGUUUUUGAUGGCUGCAUGACAGAUACCGGGCUUAAUGUAAAAAUAAAGUUAAGGAAAAUAAUGUAUGUAUUGGCAAUGAUCUCAUUAAAUACAUAUGAAUAAAAAUAAGUAUGAAUAACAUUGUAAAAAUUAGUAAUUCAGUAAUUCUACUUUUAAGAUUGGUACAGAAGAAAUUUGUAUGUUUGUUAAUGUUGCAUUUAUUGCAGCAGAAGUUAUAAGACUAUGUUAAAGCUUUUCGUAUUUGCUGUGUGAGCAUUUUGUAAAACAUUAAAAGUAGUUUGAAAUAGUACAAGAGAGCAUUUCUUACGACUUAUUUUAUAUCAUUUGUUUUCCUCAUCCUAAAAAGUUGAAUAAAAUCUGUUUGAUUCAGUUCUCCAACA